AUGAGCUAUUUAACAUCUCUUCCCGAAUUAGGUGAUUACACAUUCAUUGGAUCUAUUACUACCGGUAUACUAGCAGGUUGUUGGAAAGCAUUCAACAAAAAAUCGCAAGAAACGUUUUGUAUCAGAUCGAUACCAAAAGCAGCUAUAUCCGCUGCCGAUCAAUACUCAAAAUUCUCAAACCAACUAACACUCCUCAAGCAACUUGAUAAUAAAUACAUUGCAACGUUUAUUGAACUUAUCGAAGAUGCGAAAACAUAUCAUAUCGUUACGGAAUUACCCGAGGGUAUGUCGCUUCAUGAUUAUAUCACUAAAAACGGCCCGAUGCCCGAAAAAUUAGUGAUCGAAAUGAUCGCCAGACUAUUUUAUAUCAUACAUUAUAUAAUGCAUUAUAUUCCAUUGAACUAUGAUAAUGUCUACAUUGAUGGAACCGGACAUUUAACUCGCUAUAUUUAUCCUGUUGACGAUUUUCUUUCUGAUCAAAACAAUUUGGGCCGAUUAUCAUUCAAUCCUCCGGAAAUGAUCUCCUCAAAGAAACCGCAUAUAAAUACAAUGUCGUGGUUGAUGGCUUCAGUGGCAUAUUACGCUAUGAACUCUAAACUUCCAUUUUCAGGUUCUUCUGAAGAAGAAAUGACCAAAUCCAUUCUAUCAUCACGCAUUGAAAUCCCUACAUCGAUUUCGCCUGAGGCCCAGAUUUUCUUCGAAAAAGGUUUUGUGAAAAAUCCUUUAAUGCGAAGUUCCGUUGUAGAUUUGUUCGUUACAGACUUCCUGAAGGGAGCUUACCUCGAAACGUCGUCGACAAACGAAAGAAGAUGUUCCGCUCAAAUUCCGCAGCAGAAGAACUUCCUUCCUCUAAAGAAGCUUCCUUCGUUCUCUACAACUCCGUCAAUGGACUUCAAUGAUACUUCUGCUUUCUCAAAGAAGGCUGGUGUCAAAUUGUCUUACAAAUCUAAUAUUGUUGCUAUGAAGAGCCUCAGAUCUUCUAAUGUUCAGCUUAGUGUCCCUCUCGGUUAA